AUGUCUUUCACACCUCCAAAGUCAUCGAACAAGUUCCAACAGAUGAUUAGCCUACCAUUUGUGGAUAAAUUCUAAAAAACCUUCAGUGAUGUUGAAAUACAAUGCGUGUAAAGAAAGCUAGAUUUUGGUGAAAUGGACUUACAAUAAAAAAAGUCAAUUGGAACCUUCAGAAUAAGCAAAAUACACAAACCAACCAUUGGCAAACUCAGAUGA